AUUAAAAGAAAUCGCAAAACAUAAUGUGAAACUUCAUAACUGGUCUAAAACCAUAUAUAGUACUCCAGAAUUAUAUUUCGAACCGGAAUUUGAAGAUGAUAUCGUAAAGAUAAUUGAACUCGCCAAGCGAAAUAAUAAGAAUGUUAGAGCGAUUGGUGUGGCUCAUUCACCUUCGGAUCUGCCAUUUUCUGAUGG